AUGAAACCUAUAAACCAAACAACUGCUUCAGGAUUCCUUCUGCUGGGACUGACAGAUGGCCCAGGGCUGCAGCCCCUCGUCUUCAGCCUGUUCCUGGUUAUCUACCUGGUCACCAUCCUGGGAAACCUGCUCAUCAUCCUGGCCGUCAGCUCUGACUCCCACCUCCACACCCCCAUGUACUUCUUCCUCUCCAACUUGUCUUUUGCUGACAUCUGUAUAAGCAACACCACCAUCCCAAAGAUGCUGGUGAACAUGCAAAUACAGGACCGUAACAUCUCUUACACAGGCUGCUUCUCCCAGAGCUGCUUUGUCUUGAUUUUUGGUGGAUUAGAAAACUGUCUCCUCGCAGUGAUGGCCUAUGACCGCUAUGUGGCCAUCUGUCACCCUCUGAGGUACACGGUCAUCAUGAAGCCCCGACUCUGCAUUCUGCAGGUUCUACUCUCCCUGCUCGUUACUACUGUGAAUGCCCUGCUCCACACUCUGAUGGCACUGCGGCUGUCCUUCUGCACAGAGCUGCAAAUCCCUCACUUCUUCUGUGAACUUACUCAGGUCAUCAAGCUCACCUGUUCUGAUACCUUCAUCAAUACCCUUCUGAUAUAUUCGGUGACUAGCCUAUUUGCUGGUAUUCCUCUCUCUGGGAUUAUUUUCUCUUAUACUCAAAUCAUCUCCUCUGUUUUGAGGAUUCCGUCAGUGGGGGGAAGGUAUAAAGCCUUUUCCACUUGUGGGUCUCAUCUUUCAGUUGUGACCUUGUUCUAUGCGACAGCUUUUGGAGUCUACAUGAGUUCCGCAGUUACUGACUCCUCCAUUAAGAAUGUAGUGGCUUCAGUGAUGUACAUUGUGAUCCCUCAAAUGCUAAACCCUUUUAUCUACAGUUUGAAAAGCAGGGAAAUACAGGGAGCUUUGAGACAUCUUAUUUAUUAG